AACUGUAGUCGACUCCCACUCGCCAGGCAACACAGUCAGUGCUUUAUGUGGAGAAGUACCAGCUGGUACCAAGGGUUCCUCCGUGUCCUGCUGACUUUAUUUGUGGCGCGUCUGAAAUCAGGACAUGGAACAGAUUCAUAAGAGCAAAACUGUGAAUAUCUUCCUUGGCUUUCUGCUGGCUUUAUCAAUAUGUUGUGUUUGUAAGGCCCAAAAACUUUGUACAGUUUCUUCCGACCCUGUAUUUAUUCAAGAAAACAGCACAGUAGACCUGCUGGUUGCAAAAAUCAACUCCAGCGAAGAUGUAACACUUACCUUAACAGAAAAUCCAGAGGAGGGUUUUUACCUGAAGGGUUCUGAACUCUGGGCUAUAAAAGGAAUGGAUUAUGAGACCCUUCCCAGUGUAGACUCCUUCUUUGUCCGGGUGCGAUGCAACAGAACAGGCUCUAGAUCUGUGAACGUGUCAAUUGAGGUUUUUGUGGAAAAUGUGAACGACAAUCCACCAAACUUUGCUCAAAACCAUUAUGUUCUAAAUGUGAACGAGCUUUCCCCAGUCAAUAGCAGCAUUGGACUGAUAGAGGCCACAGACAUUGAUUCUGACCUACUGUACUACCGACUGGAAUCAGCGAUGGACAGGUAUUUCCGACUAGAGAAUGUGAACACUCCAAAGAUUCUUGUGCAAAACAUUCUGGACUAUGAUGCAAUCCAAAAGAUUUCCCUUGUCUUGCAUGUGCAGGACACCUAUAAUGGUUCAGCUUCCAGUGAACCCUUCUUCACUUCAGUCACCACUAUAACGGUCAAUGUUAAAGACAUCGACAACCGCCCACCAUGGUUUCAGCCCUGUGUACGGACAACCAUUGGCCCAGCCAAGCUGUGUGUCAGCACAGGAUACAAGGGCAAGGUCAACCUCACAGAGAGAGAGGAUGGAGCUUUGGCUUUGGAGCCUGGUCCUGUAUAUGCCAAAGAUGGGGAUAGAAAUAGAAGUGAGCAGAUCAGCUACAGAAUACUCAGAGGGAACGAGGGCAACAUUUUCCAGAUUGAUGAGGAGACUGGCAACAUAACCAUGGCCAAAGCUGCUGAUAUCGUAGGACUGAUAACUCUCACUGUUCUGGCUUCCCAGGUCACAAACAGAGACCAGUUUGCCACCACAGCAGUGACCAUCGAGGUGAUGAAGAAGAGCAGAAAUCCUCCUCGCUUCGAAAAGGACCGCUACGAAGGCUACAUCUACAGCAACUCAGUACCCGAGAGCAUGAUCCUCCGAGACCGCACUUCCAACAGGCCCUUCAGAGUCAAGGCACUGGAUGAAGACUUUGCAACUGGUAUCAACCCAGAUGUGAAAUAUGAGGUGCAGUACAGCAGUUAUGUCAAUGUGACGACCGAGGGUUUUGUGAUUCUGAAGAGAGUUGUCAAGACAGAGUCAUUUGCAUUGCAGCUGCGUGCAGUGGAUAGCUCAACAGGGGAAUUUGGUACAACUGCCCUCUCCGUCCAGGUAAUACCAGCAGUGGCAGUCCCAUCCCCCUCUGGAGCAGGCUACCGUGCUGGUGACAUGGCGCUUCUGGGCCUGAUCAUGGCGGCCGUGUUGGUCCUCUGUCUCAUUGUGAUUGGCUUCCUGAUCUCUCGUCUGAGGAAGGGGAACACUAGUUUUCAUAAGCUAUCUGAGUGUUUGGGCCCUUGUCUGCGGUUUGGUCAGCCCCAGGGUCAGCCCAAGGACACCAUGCAGUACACCAAUGAUGGCUUCCAGAAUGAGGGCGACAUGGGCCGUGGGGGCUCCAGGCGUCUGGAAACAGCCAGCCCCAGGCGUACGGUGCCCCCAGCUCGAGAUAGAGUGAUCCCCAUGGAGCAGCGAAACCGUCAUUGCUCUUCCUGUGGAGUAUAUGCUAACCACGUAGGCAAGGCUCGACCGGCUAGCUUCUCUGGGAGAGGGGCAAGACAGGGAGAGGAGUACGGAGUGAGAUCAAUCCUCAGCAAGGAGAGGAAGAGGGACGAGAGGCAGAAGACUGUGUGGUUCAAGGAACAUGAGGAGUCUUCGGAAAUUGAGGUUGAGAUCAUCCCAGACUCUCUGGGCCAAGAGGAGAAGGCGGCGGACGAAGUGGAUGAGGAGGAGAUGGAGGGGGGAGGUGAGAGCAUGGCUACCCAGCAGACAGAUUUGGGUGACGGGCAAGGGGAGGUGACUGGGGGGCCUGUUCAAGAGCCUAAGGAUCAACUCAUUGCUGACUCGGCAGACGGGGACAAAGGGGACGAGAAAAAGGAAGCGGAGGGCUGAGAUCAUGAAAGCAAUGAAAGUCUUCGAGCCUUAAAGAGAAAGCGUUUUACAUGAAAAGUCGCUUUUGUAGAGAUUGGACACAAUGGAUAAAAUGCUGUUUUCAUUUCACUUUUUCAAUGAUUUUUUGUAACAGUUUUUCACACUCCAUAAAGGCUCCUGAUGAAGCAGGACAGACUCAAGGAGACACUAUUUAUUUCUGGUGGGAAUAUCCUAUAUUUGUCAGCGUCUUUGAUAAUAUUAUAACCAUCCUUUACAUAGUAUGUGUAGACAGUAAGUCUACAAGAGUAACAAGAAACAAAAGACAAGAGUACACAAAAGGGGGAAACCCAUUACUGCUCAGUUCCGAAGAGUAGAAGUCUAAUUUCAGAUUUAGUUGUGAAUGAAGUAAAUGUACCGUAGUAGCGUUUUAUAAAUCAUCUUAAUUAUCAUGGAGUUUUACUAAUGUGAGAAAAGACUUUUGGGGGUAAACAGGCAUUUUCACUUUGCCACAACAUGAAGUCUGGGAAGGAGGGAAAUUAUAUCUACUGAAUACUACACAUGGACAUAGAUGUAUAUAACACAUUUUGGGGUCUUGGGGCAUUGUUUAUUGUAUCUGCAGAUCGUAUUUAUUAAAAAAUGUGUCAAGACACCCACGUAUUGAUUCAAACAUUUAUUGCAAUGGAAAUAGGUUUGUCUUUGGCGGUGUGAUUAUGUCUAAGGGGGAACUCCCUGCCUUGGCGCAUAGCUAGCAUUCAAGUCCUCUGAAGGGGAGGGUCUGGACCUUCAAUUAACACACUUUAGGCUGAAUGCGUGAGUGAUGUCAGCUGAUGAUACGACGCACCACUUUCCGAACUAGCUCCGCCCAUUUCUCAUCAAGAAACUCACUUAUUGAUGAAACCAUUUAUUACAAUGGAAACAGAUUUGUCAUUGGCGGUGUGGUCAUGUCUAAGGGGGAACAAUGUUUCAACUGCCUUGAAGCUAGCAUAUCACAAGUAAAACAAGUAAGUAAGGGUUGGUAGUUUAUGAAGUACACACAUGAGACCAAAAUAUCAUCCCCAAAAACUGCAUAUCCACACUACGGCUCAUAUGACCUACAAUAUGGUACAGUCAGGCAACACACGUCUUUUCCCCCCACUACAACGCCUCUGUGUACAGUCAUCUUGUGAUUGUGUUUGUGAUUGAUUGAGAAGGAAUUUGUGAGAGAAGAAUGGACAAUUCCACCAUCACUGACAGCUGUUGACAAAUAUUGUCAAUUAUAAUAGAGUUAUCAUUCACAUGGCAAUUAGUUUGAAAGUGUGGACUGGUAUAAUGUAUACUGUUUUUUAAUUUGUAAUUUAUAAUUUGUAUUUGCCUUUCAAUUUGCAUUAAAAAGCAUCUGCUGUCAGUGGACCCACAUGCACAUCAAGCUAAUGCCAUGUGACUAGUACUUGUCUGCAUUCUGAUAGAUUUCAAAAUACCCAUCUUGUGCGAGUCAGAAAGACUGUCAGUUUGCAAUAAAACUAACAGUGACUGAGCCCCCUUUAGAAUCACUUCUGUAUUUAUUUUGAACCCAUGAUCUUAACAGUUUUACAGUUAUUUGUUUUCGUUUUGGUGUAAUUGAUAAUCACUGUCUGUCACAUUUAAGCAUGUGAUUCCUCCACAUUACAUUUGAAAUUACAUACAAUGAAAGCGUGCCAUAACUUUGUCAAACAUUAUGCCACUUUUUGUUCUUUCGCAUUUGAU